GAAACUGUUCAAAUACUGAAAAAUUUCGAACCAAAGUUUGCAAACUAUUGGGAAUCUUUUCUCAAGUACAAAAAUUGUCAGCUGGGCUUACCUCGCCUCUUUUCAGCUGAUCCUCUCCACCAAAAAUUACUUUUUAUUAGAGAUAACUCAGACUGACGUGUCAGAUGCAAGCAAUGCAUUCAGACUCCAAGAAUUCGAGGAGAUGAGUGUCUGUAUCAUGAAGAGUAGGAAGGAGAGGUAUUAGAAGAGGAUAAGGUCUUGGUCAAGUCAGAAUGUUCUAAUGCGUGAGGAAUCAAUGCAUAGUAUUAGGCUCUUAUCCAAGGUACCGAAUUCCUUUUCUAAACUAAUUGCCAAAUACUGAACUAGUUCACUUCCUUCCUUAAAGGAAAUGUACUUCGCUUCCCUAGAGUUUGUGAUGAUCCAUUCCCAUAUACCCAGGCGAGCAGCAGCAUUACACAAUAAAUGAAAAAGAGAGUUUAAGAACUCUGAAGCUCUGGGUAUUCAAUUCAAACGAUCUCUACUGUUGAAAAAUCACUUAAUAUGAAUCGAAGCUGAUUAUAAACGUAAAGAAAUAUAUACUGAAAAAGAGGGCAAGCUGAGGUUAUCAAAGAUAGCACAUUAA